UGACCUUUCAUUCAUCCUGGCAGCAAAGCAGCAGCAGGUAAGCAGCAGCAGCAGGAUGUGUUCUUUAGUGGGCCACAACGAGGUCGUUACCAUGACGAUGGAACACAGCAGCAAGUCUCCUCCACUGUUGAAGGCGCUCUUCUGUGGUCCAAUGAGCUGCUUGUACUGCAACGCCCUGAUCAGUGCAGGGGUUCCUGUUGUUUUCGGGACCAUCCAGAUCAUGGUGGGAGAGUUCAACAUGGCCCUGGGUGUGGGCAGGACUUACCCGUCCAUCCUGGCCAGCGUGCGUGCGGCCUACUGGCUGGGUGCUGUGUUUGUCACCUCAGGGAUCUUGUCAGUGUGGGCGGGCUUCUGCCCCUCCUGCUGCUUGGUGACCUUCGCCGUGGUCAUGAACAUCGUCAGCGCCGUCUUCGCCAUCGUGGCCACCGUGCUGUACUCCAUCGACCUGGCCAUGCUCUCCACCAGCUUGUUCUGUGGCCACUUGGGGGACGGCUCGGUCCACGACAAAUGUGAAGAUGUGGCCCACGUUGCCAUUAAGCUGAUAAGAGCCAUGAACAUCACGCUGAUCGUCCUGGCGGUUCUCCAGCUGUGUGUCAGCAUCAGCAUGACCGUCAUCGCAAUCAAAGGUUUUGACGUUUGGAAUAACAACCAGCCUGAUGAUGAUGAAGAUGAUGACGACGUGGAAGAAUUGCAUCCUGGGAUGAAGGACGUCCAUGUGGACUUUGAAAGUGUGGCAGACAAGUGAAAUGCAUGAUGGGUAAAAACAGUAUUGUGUACACCAGGGGUCCCCAAAUUAUUUUUGGAAUGCUUUUUUACACACCUGCCUACUAUAGAUCUGCCUACUAUAGAUCUGCCUACUAUAGACCUGCCAACUAUAGACCUUGCUUUUUUACACACCUGCCUACUAUACACCUGCCUACUAUACACCUGCUUACUAUAGACCUGCCUACUAUAGACCUUGCUUUUUUACACACCUGCCUACUAUAGACCUGCCUACUAUGCACCUGCUUACUAUAGACCUGCCUACUAUAGACCUGCCUACUAUACACCUGCCUACUAUAGACCUGCCUACUAUAGACCUUGCUUUUUUACACACCUGCCUACUAUAGACCUGCCUACUAUAGACCUGCCUACUAUACACCUGCCUACUAUAGACCUGCCUACUAUAGACCUUGCUUUUUUACACACCUGCCUACUAUACACCUGCCUACUAUACACCUGCUUACUAUAGACCUGCCUACUAUAGACCUUGCUUUUUUACACACCUGCCUACUAUAGACCUGCCUACUAUACACCUGCUUACUAUAGACCUGCCUACUAUAGACCUGCCUACUAUACACCUGCCUACUAUAGACCUGCCUACUAUAGACCUUGCUUUUUUACACACCUGCCUACUAUACACCUGCCUACUAUAGACCUGCCUACUAUACACCUGCCUACUAUAGACCUUGCUUUUUUACACACCUGCCUACUAUAGACCUGCCUACUAUAGGCCUGCCUACUAUACACCUGCCUACUAUAGAUCUGCCUACUAUAGUCCUGCCUAC